GCCCCACCACCUUCUCUCGUGUAGUAAUCCAAACAUACAUCUUUCUUCUCAACUCAUCUCAUCUUUCUCUUUCUCUAAAACACCUUUUAUUCUCUCUCUCUCUUUAAUUUCAUCUAUCCAUCAAUACUUUUAUCUCCAUCAUCAAUCAAUCAGUUUCUUCGAUCGGUUCGAGUUAAAUCAUUAAUCUUGAUGGAUCAUCAACAUGUUAAAGCCGGUUUGAGCCGUGUAGAUGCUAAUAAGAAUGAAGAUGACAUGGACCUCCGACGAGGUCCAUGGACCGUUGAAGAAGACUUCACCCUCAUGAAUUAUAUCGCUCAUCAUGGUGAAGGUCGUUGGAAUUCUCUCGCUCGUUGUGCUGGUCUAAAGCGAACGGGGAAAAGUUGUAGACUAAGAUGGUUGAAUUAUCUCCGGCCCGAUGUACGACGUGGAAAUAUAACUCUUGAAGAACAACUUUUGAUUCUGGAACUACAUUCUCGUUGGGGCAAUCGGUGGUCAAAAAUUGCUCAACAUUUGCCAGGAAGAACUGACAACGAGAUAAAAAAUUACUGGAGAACGCGAGUACAAAAACAUGCCAAACAGCUUAAAUGUGACGUGAACAGCAAACAAUUCAAAGAUACGAUGCGUUAUCUAUGGAUGCCUAGGUUAGUAGAGAGAAUUCAAGCAGCAGCAGCAGGGGCAUCUACCUCCAAAGUGAUUGAUCCUCAGACAAUUAAUCCAAACAUGGUUCAAAUUGAUCACAAUAAUAACAACACAAAUUCAAGCACGGCAACAGCUUCAUCAGAAAACUCAUUCGUUUCAGACCUCACUGAUUGUUGCUACAAUUAUCCCCAACAACAACAAGAUUAUUUUCAAGUUAAUCAAAGUAUAAGUAGUCAACUUAUUGGAGAAUCUUUAAUCAGCCCCACAGGUUACUUUCACCAUGCUUUAGAAUUCCAAGGCGCUGCUGCUGCAGAUAUGGAUCAUCAACAAAACACCACUCAAUGGAUGGACGGUGCAAAUUUCUCUGACAAUUUGUGGAAUAUUGAAGACAUGUGGUUUUUACAGCAACAACUCAACAACAACAACAACAACAAUGUCGUUUGAAUAUUAAAUAAACGUAAUAUCAUGUAGAAAAAAUAUAUAUAUAUUAUAGAGGUCGCAUAUUACCAUAGAAGAAUUGUGGAUGCAUUAAAAUUCCAUCCUUAUGUAGGACAUAUA